AUGCUAGUAUCUCAAUGGGGACAUGCAGUGCGUCAGGCGAAAAAUCACAUAUAUGUGUCUCUCUCUAGAGAUCCUAUCUUCAAUUUAGCUGUUGAGCAUUUUCUUUUUCAAGAGACGCCCGCUGAUUCAAGAGUCCUGCUACUUUAUGUUAACAGACCAUGCGUGGUCAUUGGGAAAAAUCAGAAUCCGUGGUUGCAAGCAGACUUAGCGGCCUUGCGAAGAAAUAGAGUUGAUAUAGUACGGCGACGAUCCGGUGGAGGCGCCGUCUUUCAUGAUACAGGGAAUGUUAACUACAGCGUGAAAUGCUCUUCAUCCGAGUUUACGAGAGACAAGCAUGCUGUAAUGGUCACCGAAGCACUGCGAGAGUUCACCGAUCGAGCACGUGUCAAUGAGAGACACGAUAUAGUGCUUGAUCAAGGCUUGCCCAUACCGAACAUUGAGCUUGAUCAAGAGGGGCCUUUGGGUAUGCUCAAAACGCGUUACUCGACGACCGACCCUCGCAGACCAUCUCUCAAAGUUUCUGGAUCAGCCUUCAAGAUAUCACAGGGAAAAUCCUUGCAUCAUGGAACUUGUCUGCUUGCAUCCGAAAACAUCGGAUCAAUCUCGCAGUACCUUCGAUCUCCAGCUCGGCCAUUCUUCAGAGCUUAUGGAUCUGAGAGUCUCCCAUCACCAGUCACAAAUAUUCUAGACGAUGAGCUUGAUAGUGAUAAGGUAUCACAGAGUAUUGAAAGGUUCAAACUUAGCGUGAUACGCAGAUUUGCCCAGCUCUACGGGAUCGACCCUAAGAUUAGUAGUCUUUUCGAAAACGAUGACGCCUCGAAAGAUCAAUUUUUGAGAGGUGAAGAUUGGAUCGCAGGAUAUGUCAGUGAAGUAGCAAAAACCCCAGAGAUUGAGCAGGGAAUGGAAGAAUUAAAGUCUGACCAAUGGAGAUACGGCACAACGCCUCGAUUCAUUCUCUCCAGCCAUCCAAAACUGAUCAAUGACAGGCAGACUGCACCAACAUUACCGUCCUGGUUUCCCUCGGAUGCACAUGUUCAUGUGAGGGUCAAACAGGGAUUCAUCAUGGAGGUCGAUCUUUCUCUACCCCCAGACAAGGGAAAAGCUGCCCAACAGCUUUCAGAACUCGCCAGUAAUGUGAACGGUAGAUUUGUCGAACGGAUAGCUAGUUUCAGCUCACUCCUUCGAGGAACGCCACCGCAAGAUGAGGCUAAUGCAGUCGUAAAAUGGCUUGACUUGAUGCUCGGCAAAAAAAUCUCGAAGUAA